AUGGUGAGGAAGCCGGUUGUCCACCUUGAUCUCACUUUUUCCAGUGGAGAAACUAAGAUGAUGAAAGCUGGGGGCACAUUUAAAAUAGGAAAAAUGUUUACAGAAAAUAGUUGAUGACUAUUUAAUGCUAAUGACUGGCAAGGUAUAACUUGCAGUAAUGUGAAUUGGACCAGAAGAUCAGAGUGUAAAUGUAAUCCUCCAAAGUAUGCUACAUUAGAAGAAAGAAGAUAUGUUGGUGGCUUUAAUAAAAGAUAAUAUGACGUUGAAUAUAUAGAAUGAGAAGAAUCUGAAGGUAAAUAUGAUGAGUUUGGAUAUAAAAAGAAAAAAUGCAGAGGGAAGCCUGUUAGUCCUGCAUCUAUAUGAAAGGAGGUUGAAAAAAAAAAAGAAUCAGAGGGAGAAGAAGAGGAUGAGGAUGAAGAUCUUUCUAAAUAUAAAUUAGAUGAAGAUGAGGAUGAAGAUGAUGCUGAUCUCUCAAAAUAUAAUAUUGAUGUCAGUGAAGAAGACGAUAGUAAUAAAAAGAAAUCUAAUAGAAAAAGUCACUCAAUGUCUCAAUCUUCACAUUCACUAUCUUCAUCAUGUUCAUUCUCCCUUUCAAAUUCAAGGUCUAGGUCCAGGUUCCCUUCAAGAAGUUCUAGUUCACAGUCAAGAUCUUGUUUCAGUUCCAGAGAACAUUUAAGAUCCUCUGGGUUGAAAUCAAGAUCCAGUUCCAGGUCCCACGGGGGCUCACUAAACAACCCUGAGCCCAGGGCCAACUCUUACAGAACACCAUUACUUCCCAAGCACCACAGGUCAUCUUCUGGGUCAUUCCAUUCUGGUUCCCGUUCAAGUUCAAAAAAGAAAUAAGGCGUUAAAAUGUAUAUCUUAAUGAAAUCUCAUACAGUGCAUGAAGCACAUUUUUAAGGAAGUUGGUGUUUUUGAUGGUCAGAAGUGCUAAAUCUGCUAGUAGAGGUGCAUGCCUUUCAUCAUGUUUCAGAACAAUA